GUACAUACAAUUAUGGUAAACAUAUUUUAGGUACAUAUUCUUUUCCGAAAUGGGUAUAAGCCGCGCAUAUACGGACGGUUCGAAUCUGAUCAAGUUGGGCAGCCACAGUCAGAGAUGGCCCAGAGGUUUGGCUUUGGAUUUUGCUACGGACCGACUGUACUGGUGCGACGUAUUGUCUGAAAAAGUCCAACAUUCGAAUUUGGACGGGACGGAUGUGAGGGAUAUCAUAUCGACUUCGAUUCGUAGUCCGUGGUUGAUAGCCACACAUAAAGAUUGGAUGUACAUCAUCGAUUGGGACAGAGACGCUAUAAUUAAACUGCACAAGCUGACCGGCGUCUUGGACAACAUCGAGGUCCGGCAGCCGCGAAACUGGCUGAUGGGCGUGAAGGUUUACAGCGAACACGAACAGCUGAUCGACAGCAAACACCCGUGCUCGAUGGCUGCCGGCUACGGUGGUUGCCAGAAGCUGUGUUUUGCAGUGCCGUUCAAAAAGUGGAGGACAACGCUGCUCAGGGCGCGUUGCGACUGUCCGUUCGGCGAGAAGGUUGACUGGGACGGUAAGACGUGCGUGGCCGACCCGGACGCCGAGUCGAUGGCUUGUCCGAACACGCAGGACUUUGCUUGCAACAACAUGCGGUGCAUACCAAAGGUUUAUGUGUGUGACGGUUACGACGAUUGUCACGACAACUCCGACGAGCAACCGAACUGCACCAGAAUUGCAUAUACAGAGCCCAGUCCGGCACCCACUGCGGUGGCGCCUGUGUCGGCAGGUGUUUCAAAAUGUACAAAAUAUCGUUUUGUAAUUACUGUGUCUUUUGUGCUCGCAUACUUAUUUACUGUUUAGUCAUAAUAUAUAUAGCAUUGUUUAGUUGACUAUUACAGACUGCAGUAAAAUAAUAAUAUUUAAUUUACUGAAAUACUUAAUAGAAUAUUCAUGUAAGUUGGUAAAUUUGUUAUGAAAUGCAUUAAAUUCAUACAAAUAAAAUUAAUUUAAAAAUA